AUGAUUGGAGAAAUAGAAGAGUUUGAAGAAAUGAGUGAGGAGUUGCAAAGUAUUUAUUUGUCUAAUAUGGAUGAAGCACCUGCAAGAAGACUUGUUCGUGAGGCUUUUAAAGAUAUUCAACUUGCCAUUGAUCAUUGCUUAUUUCAGUUUCCUGCUGAUGGAGUGAAGAUGGAAGAGGUUUAUGAAGUGAACUCAAGAGGAUUAGAAGUAUUUUCUAAAAGCUGGCUACCAGAAAAAUCACCAUUGAAAGCAAUUGUUUGUUUUUGCCAUGGCUAUGCAGACACUUGCACAUUUUACUUUGAAGGAGUUGCAAGAAAAUUAGCAUCAUCUGGAUUUGGAGUAUUUGCUUUAGAUUACCCUGGAUUUGGUCUUUCUGAUGGUCUUCAUGGCUAUAUUCCUAGCUUUGAAAAUCUUGUGGAUGAUGUCGUUGAACAUUUCUCAAAAAUAAAGGAACAAGUGGAGUACCAGCAUCUUCCAAGGUUCUUGUUAGGUGAAUCUAUGGGAGGAGCAGUUGCUUUGAAAGUUCACUUCAAACAGCCUAAUGGUUGGGAUGGUGCCGCUCUUAUCGCACCUUUGUGCAAGUUUGCAGAAGAUAUGAUUCCACAUUGGUUGGUGAAGCAAAUACUAAUUGGUGUAGCUAAGGUUCUUCCCAAAACUAAGCUAGUUCCACAAAAGGAAGAAGUGAAAGAGAACAUAUAUAGAGAUUUGAAAAAGAGAAAAAUGGCUCCAUAUAAUGUGUUGCUCUACAAGGAUAAACCAAGACUAGGAACUGCAUUGGAGUUGCUUAAAGCUACUCAAGAGCUUGAACAAAGACUAGAAGAAGUUUCUCUACCAUUGUUGAUCAUGCAUGGAGAAGCUGAUGUAAUAACAGAUCCAUCAGCUAGCAAAGCCUUAUAUGAAAAAGCUAAAGUGAAAGACAAGAAGCUCUGUCUCUAUAAAGAUGCUUUCCACACUUUACUUGAAGGUGAACCUGAUGAAGUUAUAUUUCAUGUGCUUGAUGAUAUCAUAUCUUGGCUUAAUGAUCAUAGCAACACAAAGAAUAAAGUUUGA